CUUAUCUAAACAUUUAGAGGUGUUUAAUCUCGCAUAUGUAGAUAUAUAAUUGCAUUUAUACAAUAUCGCGAGAAAGAGGCGGCGGCUCUUGGAUAUCAAAUCAUCUCCAGUUUUACGAACUGGCACUGGGAAACCCCUUCGCCUAUAAUACUGUAUUUAGGACUUCGUCGUGCAUAUACUGCCUCCAGUUAAACAUCCUACAGAUUAAAUCACAUGAUCAAAUGUAUACAACUACGUUCUUAUUCACGGCAUAGGCUAAUUAAUAUACGACAUCUAAUUACUUAAUGGACAGAACAAUCAAUACUCCGCAGCGCAAAAUCCAUACUACUGAUAAUUUGGCGAAAGGGGCUAUCCUUGGGAUGUAAAACUAGGUUUUACUUUAAUGGAUACAGGUAGUUUGAAUGGUGGGCGUUUUAAUCAAGUAAACGCAGACUCAGGGAAAUCAUGAUAUAUUCCUGCAUCUAUCCGAGGACUGAUCAACUUCUAUGAAGUUUGCGUUAAGAUAUUUUCCCGGAGGCGUAUAUACAAAUACACACACCCUGAAACAAUGUUAGAAAAAUAAGUAUCCGCUUAUUAUGUGACAUAAACAUAAAUUAAAAUGUGAGAUAGAGGGUUUCUGCUGCUAGGCUCACUGCUGUUUUAUUUAACUUUUAUAUUGAAUGAUCCAAGCGGCUGGCGAAUCAGAUUGAAGUGCAGUUAUUUCAUAGCACGAAAGCUGUGCGAAAAACCACACACUGACGCCAUCAGGCGUCCGUCUGGAGGACUACAACCUUUUGACUUAAUACGGCGCCGAUGUAGAGCAGGACUGAGGAACCAAGUGGAAAAGUCAGCAUUUCCAAAAGUGUGGACCGUGGGGGGGAAACCGGAGUACCUGGAGGAAACCCCACGACGACAUGGAGAGAACAUGCAAACUCCACACACAUGUGACCCAGGCGGAGACUCGAACCUGGGUCCCAGAGGUGUGAGGCAACAGUGCUAACCACUGCACCACCAUGCCGCCCCACAUUAAAAUCACAGUUCAAUCGCACUUGUAAUACAUGGACCACUUUUAUGCACCAAACACACCCACAUUAAUAGGGCCUGAAUACACCGACUAGUGACACUGACGUGACGUAUCCCAGCCUUAUCGGCGGCGUCUGUCUCUUUCCCUGACCUGCCCUUGACACUCGCUGUGUGUUUUGGCCAGAGGUAUUUGGAGAUACCAGGUCGGCUUUCUCUAACCCCAGACGUUGUGCCACGUUUGCAUAAAGGUGGCGCUUUGAAUGUAGCCGAACCGCCUUCAUUAGAGCAGCAUGGCCGGACUGAACGCCUGCCUAGGCUUCUUGCUGGCCGCCGCGGCGCUCGGCGCCUCCGCCAGGGCGCUCCUAGGCCUGCGCCCGGGCGGUCGCUUUUCGCAGGAGCUGCCGGCGUCUUUCGUGCUGGUGGCGAGCCGCCUGGAGACACAGACGCUGAUGGAGGUCGGCCAGUGGGCUGGUGGGUUCGGUGCGGACGUGGCGGCCACCGUGCUGUUCGUGGUGCUGGCGGUGCAUGGCGCCGUGUACCGGUACGCCACUGGGAACACGUGCGUCACCAUCAUGGAGUAUCUACUGUGCAGGGAAGGCGCGCUCUCGGUGCUCGCCAGCCUCGCUGCACACUUUCUAGGAGCCUGGCUCGCCCAGCUUUUUGCGCAAUACUACUGGUCCCUGGAGCUCAGCGACAUGCACAUGAUCCGCAACCUGAUGAUGCAGGCAUGCAGCCCCACUCUGCGUGCCUCCGUGUACCAGGGCGCCUUCACCGAGGGCGUCUGCGCGCUGGGCUUCCAUCUCUUGUACUUGAGCACUCGGCGUGCGCCCGCGACCUUCAGGGUGCCCGUUGUAGCGCUGGCCCUGGCCUUCCUGUCCUACGCAGCCAGUGACUACACCUCCGGCCUCAUCAACCCCUCACUGGCCUACGCCCUCACCUUCCACUGCCCUGGCUUCACCCUCUUGGAGUACACAACGGUGUUCUGGCUCGCACCUCUGGCCGGAAUGGCCGUGGCGCUAUUCCUGCACUGCGGUCACAUUCCCCGCCUAUUCUCACGAAAUUUACUGUACUCUCAGAAGACCCGAUUCCGAGUACCGACAGAAGAAAAGAUAAAGGCAGGAAAGGUGAAAUGACUGGCGCCCCCUGCUGGCAUCCUGAGUUAUUAAUUCGCCAUUCGCCAUCCUCCACCCCCCCCCACAAGCAAGCAAACAAAUGACCUGU